UAACCGCUGGACCAACUACCAAAACCACCAUGAUUCUCAAUCUUCAUCUGGCGCCAUUUGCAACGGUCAUUCUCAACCGCCGGCCAACUUUCACCGGAUUCCAGACUCCGUUCAUCCAGCUCCGGCUAUCCCCCCUUCAGUUCAGCUGGGAAAGAGCAGGCAUCAUCUCAUUCUCCCCUGCUCCUCUAAACACUAGCACUACUGAUAAUUUCAAAGCUACUUCUACUGAAGAUGAAGAAGAUGAAGAAGCUGUGAAAACAACGGAGCCAAGUGCUACUCCGGUGAGAAUAGUACUGGUAGGAGAAAACAGCGUCAGCCCUCUCAAGUCCUCGCCUUGGUUGGACGUCAUGCUUCAUACUGCCAAAAGAUUAAAAUGGGUUGAUGAAGCGUAUGAUAUGCUGGUAUUUAGUGACGGACUCCUCAAAUCAACUGAUAAAACCAUGGAAAAUCUUCAUCAGGGAUUAAGGAAUGCAGAUAUUUUACUGAUUGUUGCUGUCACUAAUCAAGAAUCUGUUGAAUGGGUUCAAGCAAAUAGUGUAAACGUCCCAAGCAUCUUAUGCUUUGAGUCCUCUCCAAUGUUGAGGUACAAACUUGGAGGAUCAAGCAAUUUCCCAAUCAAAAAGAAAACUGAAUCAACCAAAAUAGUCCAAACUGUAUCUGAGGCUUGGGACAGGCAUAAUUUAGAUGAUAUCAGGUUCUGUUUGUUAGUUGUAAUUAAUGCUUACAUAAGACCAGUCCCAAUAUUGAAGAAUCUAAGAGCAAAAGGUUUCUCCACCUUAAACUGCAUGGUAAAAAAUUGUGGCCCUCAGAUACUAAACUGUUUAUUGGAUCCCAACUGCAGAAAAGCUCUCCAAUGCUUGAAUAAGUGCAGUCCUGUGGACCAGGUAUGCAACUAUAGAUGUAUUGCUUCAUAUGAGAGUCCAUGUCUAGAAGAAUUUUCUCUCUGCGUGUUGCAGAAGAAUAACUGUUUGGAAUUGGAUGCCAAGAUCCCUGAAAAACCUUCUGUGCCUCCAAUGAUAAAGUUCCGAGGGGACAAUCUAUCUCAUGAAACAGCUGAGGAUCUUUUUGUGGCUUGGUUGGGGAAAUUGGACUGGAGUUGGCGAGUCAUAGCAGGACAGAACCCAGCCUAUGAUCAGUUUCCAUGCCAGUACCAACUGUUUUAUAGAGGAAAGGCUAGAGGAUCAUUCUGGUUUGAGCCAAUAUUUCAAGUAAGGACACUUGAGGGGGAUUUGGUCUGGAGAAGGCGAAAAUACCGAGUUAGAAGAGGAAAAGUUCCAGCAACAUUUCACUUCAGUGUCUUGGACAAUGGAGUGGUUUCAAAUGAGUUCUGGACAAUCGUGGACGUCUCUGAUGAUUUUAGCUGGGGUUUAUUCCAUUACCAUGGAGCUGCUCGAGUUGCAGGACAAUCAUAUACUGGUGCCGUCCUUGUUAGCCCGGAUGGCAUGUAUCCAGAUGAGACACAGAGACAAAGGCUGUUUUCAGCAUUAGAUAGAUGUGAUAUCAAAGAAUGGGAGCUCUCCAAUGUGGAUAAUUUGUCAUGCCCAAAUCCUCCUUUAGGCCUUCCAGAGGGUUCAAGACUGCACAGUAAGAUUGAACCUGAAGACAUGAAAGCAUAAUCAGUUGAGAGAUUUGGUAUUGGGGAUUGCUAAACUAAACUGGCCAUUAGACAUGGUCAUUGAGCUAAUUGCUAAGUGAGUUGAUUCGGCGAAAAACAUGCACCAAGAUGAAUUUUGUCCUUGGGGAAAAUUGAUGGUCAAAUAUGACCAUUUGAUAUAUCAAAAUAGAUGUAACAUGAUCUGAUUCAAUC